CAGCAUUAAAAAGGCUGUUAUUAAUUUCCACCAUUGUUGCAAAUAUAUACAAGGAAAUAAUAAGACACGUAAAUUAUAAGACAGCCUUAUAAUCUCAAACUCCAACUAAAUAUCAACCUGCCAGCUCAAAAGAACCAUUUGAAAUUUCGAAACCUUCUUCUUUUUCUCUCUCUUUUAAAACAUCAUCAUUUUCUCUCUUUUUUUUUUUUUUUUUAAUUUCGAAAAAAAAAACCAGAGAUUGAACUCGAACAUAAUAUUAUUAUUAUUAUGAUCGAGUUACAAUACAAUCUAUAAUCAGUGAAAAAAAAUUCAUCAAUGGAAAAAGGCGCGCUAUUUGGAAAAUACGAGGUGGGGAGGCUGCUAGGAUGCGGCGCCUUCGCCAAAGUAUACUACGCAAGGAACAUUCAAACCGGCCAAAGUGUGGCGAUCAAAGUCAUUAACAAGAAGAAGAUUGCAGGGACGAAUCUAAUGUCAAACAUCAAAAGGGAAAUAACGAUCAUGGCUCGUCUUCGACACCCGAACAUCGUACGUUUGUACGAGGUUCUAGCGUGCAAGACGAAGAUUUAUUUUGUGAUAGAGUUCGCUAAAGGUGGGGAGCUCUUCGCUAAAGUUGCCAAAGGCCGAUUUAGCGAAGACCUCAGCAGAAAGUAUUUCCAACAGCUAAUCUCAGCUGUUGGAUACUGUCAUUUUAGAGGGAUUUACCAUCGAGAUCUUAAACCUGAGAAUUUAUUAUUGGAUGAAAAUGGGAGUCUUAAAGUUACGGAUUUCGGGUUAAGUGCGGUUAAGGAUCAGAUCCGACCCGAGGAUGGGUUGUUGCAUACGUUGUGUGGUACACCCGCUUAUGUAGCACCGGAGAUUUUGUCGAAGAAAGGGUAUAAUGGUGCGACGGUUGAUGUAUGGUCGUGUGGGAUAAUAUUGUAUGUUCUUACAGCUGGGUAUUUGCCGUUCAAUGAUCCUAAUUUAAUGGCUAUGUAUAAGAAGAUUUAUAAAGGAGAAUUUCGGUGUCCGAAAUGGAUGUCGAAUGAUCUUAAGCGUUUGUUGGGUCGUCUCCUUGAAACGAACCCGAAGACUAGGAUUACUAUUGAUGAGAUAAUACAUGAUCCUUGGUUUAAGAAAGGUGGGUUGUUUAAAGAUAAAGGUCCGGAGUUUGAGUUUCAGUUUUACCAUGAUUGUUAUAGUGAUGAUUUGGAUGACAGCUUGAAGUUGUUUUCUGAACAACAACAGCAGCAUCAUCAGCAGGUGGUGGAGGCGGGUGCGAGUACGAGUAGUAGCACUAGUACUAGUGUGAGUGCGAGUACUAGUAGUAGUAGUAGUAUUCCAUUGAAUGCAUUUGAUUUGAUUGCAUUUUCAUCAGGGCUCGAUUUGUCGGGGUUGUUCAACGAGUCUUACAACCCGUUCGUGGAUGGUGAGAAGUUCUUAUCGGCUAUGUCAGUGGAUAAGAUCAUUGCUAGCAUUGAAGAAGCCGCCGGUGAGCUGAACGUGAAGUGCCGCAGGAGGAAGGAUUGUGUGGUGGAUUUGGAAGGUCCGAAAGGCGAUUUUAUAGCUAGGGUGGAGAUUAACCAGCUAACUGAAGAGCUGGUAGUUGUUGAAGUGAAGAUAAAAGGGGGAGAAUCUGCAUCCUAUAAAAAAAUUUGGAAGAAAAAGUUGAUGCCUAAACUUUCUGGGUUAAUAUAUGACCCUAACUCACAACCUGAUGAGGAAACUGAUAUAACGAAUGAUGAAGUCGAAGUUACUCCUGCUGUUGCUUCUACUGAGUGAUUUGAUAUUCUAAUAGUAACGCUAUAUUGCUACUAAUCCAUUACAUCAUGAUCAUCAUCCGAAGAAAUGUUGAUACAUGAUAUAAGAAUUCUCAUCAUUUUGCGUGUUUUAUUGGAAAUUAACAUCAAUCAGGUUUAGUAAACGCGGCAGCUGCAAGCUGGGGUGGGCUUAGAGCUUCUAAAGGAAAGCCGGUAUGCUAUUGAAUCCGAGAAUGGAAGUUAUUGUUUGUGCAUUUUGUGUAGUGUCUGAAGAUCUAUCAUAUAGAUGGAUUGUGUGAGGUUCUUUUGUUGGUGAAUUUUCUCUGUUUGUACCAUAGUUUGUGAGUUUUAGCAUAAUCAUCAUGUGAUUCGAUUGUUUAUGUCUAAAACAAAUUUCAUUAGUAGUGUAAUCUACUAAAUACUGUAAUAAUAAUCCAUGUAUUCAGAGAGGAGGUAGCCAUACCCUGGGUUUUUCCUGAUUGCCCGGAUGAGUAAGCAUGUUGAGGUACUGUUUUUCAUUGACAAAAAAAAAAAAAAAAAAA